CUCCUCCUCCUCCUCCGUCCGGCUGCCUCCUGGUCACCCGGUCUCGCGCCCCCUCGGAGACUUGACUUCUUUCGUUUUCAUUUCCCGGAAGGAACGCCGCGCGGACGCGCGGCCCUUCGACGCCCCACCUGACGUCGCGUGCCCGCGCUCCCCGGGGAGCGGCGUGGGCUCUCCUGGACGGAUCCGGAUCAUGAGGCGGCUUUCGGCGUCGACGUAGGCUGAAGGUGCGCUCCGACCCGACGACCAUGAGCGGGAAGGCUUUCCUACUAAGCGCACGGUCCGCUGGAGGCCGCCGGGGUCGAGCCACGGACACAAUGUUUCCAAACCUCCCCCUGGCCUGCUCCGUCUCGCGGGAAGACCUGUGGCAUCUGCCCGGACGGCUGCGAAUAAACCCAUCUCUGUGGGAUAAGGAAGAUGUUGCCCACUGGCUGCACUGGGCUCAGAGGGAGUACUCACUGCGUCGGCUGGACAGAGAGCAGUUUCAGAUGAACGGACGAGCCCUUUGUCUGCUUACCAAGGAAGACUUUAGACGCCGGUGCCCAGGCUCAGGUGACGUGUUGUACGAGAUCCUGCAGUGCGUGAAACAGCAUAGGAUGGGAAUGGCGGGCAACCCUCCGAAUACACCUCCAACCCAGCCUGCGGUCAACCUGCUACUAACCCCAAAUGUCAGCCAACAGACCCGCAAUUACAGUCAACCAGGAGCCCCGACUCCCACUGUCAAUGCAACCCAGGAUGGCUCAGGUCCCGUCUCCACGCCGCCCCUCCCUCAGGUCAACAGCGCUGCAAAACGUCGUCGCAUCAGUGAGGAGCCUCUUAACUUGUCUGGUCGAGACCGUGCCGAGAGCCGAAGACCCAAAGCUCACGGCCACAUCCCAGAAUGCCGACUGCUGUGGGACUAUGUGUACAAGCUCUUGUGUGACCCACAUUAUCAAGCCUACAUCCGAUGGGAAGACCAGCAGAGGCUGCUGUUCAGGGUGGUCGACCCCAACGGACUGGCUCGGCUCUGGGGGAACCACAAGAGCCGAGCAAACAUGACCUAUGAAAAGAUGUCCCGUGCUUUACGGCACUACUACAAACUCAACAUAAUCAAAAAGGAGCCAGGGCAGAAGCUGCUGUUCAGGUUUCUGAAGAUCCCUAAGAACAUCGGGAGACAUCAGGUGGCGCAGGCAGCGUCUCCGGAGCACACACCACCUCAGGAGGAAGACUCCACGGAAGACGCUCCUCAUGGGGACGAAGACUCCCUCAAACACCCUCCGCCUCAGCAGAAACCUAGUCCUCCACAUGGAGAUGCCGAGAGGCACUUCGAGCUUUCCCCCGAUCCUCCAAAGCCAGCCGACUCGCCGUGAGCCAAAUGUCCUAACUGGCUGUGGUGUGUGUGUACCCCGACUACUGCAGCCCCAAAGAUACUACGGAGCUGCAUCAUCACUUAACAAAGAAUAAGAGCGGGGACCUGCUGGGUCUUAGGGCGUCCAUGCACCGAGGGAUAAAGUAGUGGGUGGGAUCAAAUGGGGAGAAAGACCGCUACCUUUUUUUUUUUUUUUUGUCUUGCAAAGUGUGGGUUUAAAAAACCCCCCACCUGAGUACAGGGUACACAUUAUGUUUGCACUGCUAAAGAGCCGUUUGUGGGCAUGCGGGUGGCGUGGCCAUCUAUUCUGUUGCCUACCAACACGGCGAUCGCCGGUUCGAAUCCCCGUGUCCCUACAGACACAAUUGGCUGUGUCUGCGGGCAGGAAGCCGGAUGUGGGUACGUGUCCUGAUCGCUGCACUAGCGCCUCCUCUGGUCGGUUGGGGCGCCUGUUCGGGGGGUGGUGGGGGGGAAAUAGCGUGAUCCUUCCACGCGUUACGUCCCCCUGGUGAAACUCCUCACUGUCAGGUGAAAAGAAGCGGCUGGCGACCCCACAUGUAUCGGAGGAGACGUGGUAGUCUGCAGCCCUCCCCGGAUCGGCAGAGGGGGUGGAGCGGCGACCGGGGUAGGCUCAGAGUGGGGUAAUUGGCCAAGUGCAAUUGGGGAGGCAAAAGGGGGGGGGGGGGAGAAAAUAAAAUGUAAAAAAAAAAAAAGCUGUUUGUUUUCUGAAUGGAUGCAUGCAUUACUAUGAGCAGCAUAAGAUAAACACUAACAACCAAGAAAUCCACAUGUGUGUUACAUGUCAGGGAUUCCUGAUAGAUAUGUUGUAUUGCCACACAUGCAUGAACGUUCUUCUCGUGUACGUUUUGCCGGGAGGCCUAAAAUUUGAAAACGACUUAAGUCAGUCAAACUCAUUGAUUUUGUAGAAAAAUAGUGUAACGUGAGGUUCUGCUUUCGUCAGUUUGGGGGAGCGGUGGUAUGGUACAUUUAUGAGAGCACUGCGGUGUGUCCUGCAGUUUAUAUAGAGUUCAGUAUCUCCUGAGCCAGUUGUUUGUUCACUAUGUGGUAUAAAUGAUUGCAUUGUUUUGCUUAUAAAUAUCAGUGGGACGGGUACUGACCAGAUACGUAGAACUUAUUUGCAUACUUCCCAUCAUGCAACACUUGUUUUUUUUUCUUCCUUCCCCUGUAUUAUUCAAUCACACAAAAAUAAAAUGACGUCUUUCUCAAAG